AUGGAAAAGGAAGUGAUCAUUGAUUUCUUUAUUAAAAGAAGGUCAAGCAUCCUAACAGCGUUCACCAAUUAUCUACCCCAUGCAAUUGAACCAUGCUUUGCGGAGAUGAUAAAUUGUUUAUCAAUCAUUUUGGAAAAAGUUGGUAGUGAAUUUUGGCUACUGAUUUCAAACCAAGAUCGAGCAUACAACUUCGUUCAACACCUGUUCGACACAUUUUUCUCAAUAAAAAAAACGACUCACAUCUCAUCCGUUUUAUGUUCCUCGCUGAGUUUGGUUUUGAAGGUAUUGCGUACCACCUAUCUCGAACAAGAAUCCAUUACUGCUCCCCCGGAAGAACCCAUAUGGCUAACGAUAUUGAGAGAAGACACAUCGAAAAUAGAUGACAUAUACUGUGGCUUAAAUAGAAUACCCGAUUUGGACAAUUUGUCCAAGCUGGAUCAUCAAUUAAGGUGUGUCGUUUGGAGGAAUCUCUUCAAAUAUGCGUCUGAAAGCAUAUCGACCUCUUCUGACAAUAGUAAGACAAUUCUACCAUUCAUGGAAUGCUUUAACAAGAUCGCUCUCAUGGACAAUAAUUUGGAUUUUAAUCAAACUAGUAACCGUGAUCCUUUAGUAAAUACCUUUGUUGAUUCUAUCUCAAGGGUGAGGGAGUAUAUGAACAGAUUUUUGGAUGAGCUUCAAAAGGUUGAUUCGAAAAGAUUGACAACACUUCUGCCUGUUAAUGGUGUUUCCACUUCAAUCAUUCAUCUUUUAUCAUCGCCAGAUUCAAGACUUAUGACAUCGGGCUUAAUGAUUCUAAAAAAGUCAUACAUUAAUGACUCCUAUAACGAAUUAAUUAGAGAGAAUACAAAACAGGUCAUUCAAG